CUACUUAGUUAACUUCCUGGUGCACGGUGUAUUACAAAAUGUCGAAACACUUGAUAUGUAUGCUCCUCUUUACAAUUUGGGCGUGUUGUCGUGUAACAUCAGGAGUUUGUCCAGACGGUCGGUAUGGCUUAGACUGCAGCUACACGUGCCACUGUACUGCCGGUUGUGAUGAAAUCACAGGGUGUUCUGGGAACUGCAAAAAAGGAUGGUCUGGAUCAACAUGCAACAUGAAUAAUUUAGCGUUGGACAAACCUGCCUCCCAGAGUUCUCACUAUAAUAUGGACGACACACCUCCAUCAAAUGGUGUUGACGGGGAUUACACUCAAGAUGCAUGUAUACUCACUGAUCCACAUCAAAAUAACUCGUGGUGGGAAGUGGAUCUGGGGAAACCACAUUACAUACACGACGUGACUGUUCACUUUAGGAUGGAUUAUUACCCAUAUCGCAGGAAUGGAGUUCAGGUCUACAGUUCAUUAAUGGAGAACCAGAUUAACACUGGUCAUCGGUGUGGUGCAGCUAAGUUAGAUAGCCCGAAUGUAACACGUAUUACCUGUGACACCACGGCUCAGUACAUCACACUGUACCAGGGGACUGACAACACUGACAUAGAUACAUUAUAUCAUACCGCUGGAACGGCAAUGGAUUUUUGUGAAGUGGAAGUAUUCAUUUGUGACGCUGGUACAUUUGGAGAUGACUGCAUCGAGUUAUGUCACUGUCAUGGUCAACCGUGCAACUAUGUAAUUGGAGAGUGCGUGGGUGGAUGUAAACGAAACUGGACUGGGACCCAGUGUAAUGUUUGUGAUUCUGACCACUAUGGCUCACUGUGCAGUGCUGGUUGCUCCAACAGGCACUGUGAUCAGACUAACGGAAUAUCUAGGUGUGACAAAAUAACAGGGCGAUGUGACACUGGGUGUGAACCUGGCUGGACUGGACCAGAUUGUACAAAGAAAUGUCCACAUGGUACAUAUGACAAAGGUUGUAAAAAAUCCUGCGCAAACAGACAUUGUCUUGAAAACUCGCCAUGUGAUCACGUGACUGGGAAGUGUGUCGGUGGCUGUGAUCGGGGAUAUGAAUCACCAGAUUGCACUAUGAAUUGUAGACGUUCCUAUGGUUUCAGCUGUAACAUGGCUUGCAGUUCUCGGAAAUGUUAUGGAGAUUACGAAUGUGACAGACUUUACGGAAACUGUAGAGACGGAUGUCUGGAUGGGUUUGAGUUACCAGACUGUACAGCUGAAUGUCGUGCUGGUACGUUUGGUGCUGGGUGUAAGUUAAACUGCAGUGAACGACACUGUGAUGGAGACAGUACAACGUGUGGUGCUCAAAGUGGGAUAUGUCAAAAUGGCUGUACGCCAGGAUGGAAGAAACCAAGUUGUAUGGAGCCGUGUGACACUGGUCUGUAUGGCGCCGAUUGUUCGUUUAUCUGCACAAGAAGACACUGUGUGAAUAAAGCUGCGAGUUGUGAUCACGUGACUGGUUCAUGUCGAGGAAAGUGUGAAGAAUCCUGGAGAGGAGAAGACUGUACUGGGUGUGACGGGAAAUUCGGCAGAGAUUGCAGCUAUUCCUGCAGUGACAGGAAGUGUAGAGACCCCCCAGCGCCAUGUCAUCAUGUGACUGGAUCGUGCAAUGGGCCGUGUGUUGCUGGUUGGCAAGGAAUAGCCUGCAAUGUGGGUGUGACCGAGUCUACAGACGGUGGGUCCACGAUUGUUGCAAUGGCUGCUAUAAUAGGAAUACUUUGCAUAAUACUGAUUGCAGUUUCUGGGACCUUCUUCUGGUACGUCAGACGGCACAGGACGACAUCAGGAUCUAUAACUAAAGAAAAGACCAGUGUAGAAAACAAAGAUGGCGGACACUAUGAAAACGUGGGCAGGCAGACCGGUCGAAAACGAGACACCGCGAGAGUUGACGUUUCACAUGAGAGCGGCUAUGUGAAUUCACAGAAGUCACGUGGUACAGAUGAUGUUCCGCUGCGCCCCAUAGGUGAUAGUCAUGAAAGUGGUAACAUUAACGAAGGACAAGAUAUCCAGCUGAACGAAUAUGAAGAUAUCGAUUCAUCAGAAUCAACGCAGAAUGCCUACGAUAAAAUAACAAGUUAAAGGCAUCCGCUUCAUUUCUGACAACCGCCACACUGACGACUGAAGGAUAACUAUUUUGGGGCGAACACCACGUCAUUAUUUUGUUUCAUUAAUAGCUGACAAGGAGUUUCAAUAAUUUGUUCCAUAUGAGUUUGUACAGCAUAGCCUGCUCCAUAUUUUGUCAGUAACAAUGAAAAUACGUUUUCUAUUCCAUAUAGGUUAGUUUGUUUAAAUGUAAUUGUGUCCGGAGGACAUCAUUGUUUGCUCAAUACUUCGUUUGUUAAUAUCAUAUAAAUAAGUUUUCUUUUCAUGGAGGAAAGCAUAGUGCUUGCUUUAUAGUUCGUUUGUUCAAUAACAUAUAAAUAGUUUUCAAUUUGUUAAUAUGGAGGACAGCAUUGCCUGCUCGAUAAAGGUUAGUUGAUUUAAAUGUAAUUGUGUUUGGAGAACGACAAUGUCUGCUCUAUAUUACGUUUGUUGAAAUUUUUUAAAAUAAUUUUCUAAACGUUAUGGAGGACAGCAUUUCCUGCUAUAUAGUUCAUUUGUUCAAUAAAAUAUAAAUAGCUUUCAAAUCGUUAAGAAGGAAAGCAUAUGGCCUUCUCCAUAGUUCAUUUGUUAAAUAAAACAUAGUUUCGUGUGGGUUGUAUGGAGGAAAGAAUAUGACCUGCUCCACAGUUCGUUUUUUCAAUAAAAUGUAAAUAGUUUCCUGGGUUUUUUUUUUUUAUGGAGGUUAAUUUAUUUAAAUGUAAGUAUGUCUGGAAAACCACACUGGAAUGCCUGCUCCAUAAUUCGUUUGUUCAAUAAAAUGUUAAUAUAUGUAUUUGUUUUAAUGGAGGACAGCAUAUUGACUUGUUCUAUAGUUGGUUUGUUCAAUAGCAUAUACAUAUUUUCUGUGGGUUUUCUUAUGGAGACCACCGUUGCAUGUUCGAAAUUGGUUAGUUUAUUUAAAUGUAAUUGUAUGUUGAGGACAAUAUUGCCUGCUCCAUAGUUCGUUUGUUCAAUAAAAUAUAAAUAGUU